AUGUCCUAUCUGGUCGCCGGAUCACUAUCUCGUUUGCUAUUACGGCCGCAAAGCUUCCUGGGCGUAUCGCUCUCGCGGAGAUGGGCAUCGACCGACCAAUCGCCUGAACCAGCUCGGCCGUACACCCCUCCAACCAGUCGACGUGCGCUUGGCCCCGCUGGGGGUAUCCUCCUUUCGCCAACGGCGGUUAAGAAUCUGUUCAAUUACCCUGAGUUUAAACACAAGAAACGGCCUAUCCUCCCAUUCAAAAAAUGGAGAUUGCAACGGAUGCGCCGACUCAAAGAUAACAAGAACAAAGUCUGA